AAGCAGCAGAAAAAUCCCUUUGAUAAACUCCUUGCGCCAGUGCCUCAUAAUAAUAGAAACGAAAGGAGCGCAGAUAUCUAAAAAAACAGGAGUGCUUUUAUCAAUCUCCGAGUGGCGCGGUGUCUGGCGUUGUGUAUCCGUGAGCCCUGACUCCCUCACCUUGGUCGCGCUCUCCGCGACCACAAACCGACUCCCCUCGCCCCUCCCUCUCCCAAAUUCAAAUCUCUAGGGUUUUUCAUCCUCUCCUUUACAACUUCUGGUUCUUGAUCUCUGGCAUUCCAAGACCCGAUCUUUCCUCCUCUUCUGUUCAUCUGGAGGCCCCUUGCUUGAAAUUUCCCCAAAAUUUGUUCUUUAAGAGGUUUUCUUGGGUAAUUUCUGGCGGUGUUAAGCUCUGGAUCCGUCUCGCGUCGUCUUCGCCACUGCUGGAAACCUAUCUCGUGAUUGUAGGGCGAUUUUUUUCUUUUUCUUUAUUUGGUUAGAAAAUGGCCGUCGAAGAGAAGAGAUGCAAUGGCUUUGUGAAGCUGGAGGACUCCUCUGGUGAGGGGUUAAUCACUUACAAGAGGAGGAAGCGUGGCAGGUCAAGUUCCGACGCCUGCCAGGUUUCCAACAUGCCUUUGCAUAAAGGGAAAAACAGGGAUAUUGGGUGGGAGCAUGGAGUGAUAGUUGAUGGAAAUAGGUUUCACUGGAAGUGCAAUUGGUGUGGGUUGGUUAGAUAUGGUGGUGGGGUUUCUAGGCUUAAGCAACAUAUUGCUGGUACUUGUGAUGUUAAAAAAUGCCAAAAGGUUCCAGAAGAUGUUGCAAAAAGCAUGAUGAACCAUCUGAUAGCAAAGCAAAAGGACAGAAUGGUGAAGAUAGCUGGACUCAAUGGUAUUGAUAUGAUGAAUUCCAAGUUCGAUCAUGAAAAUAAUUUAGUUGAUAAGGAUAAUUUAAAAUUGGACCUAGAGUUGCAGAGGAGGAAUGCCAGCCAACUAUCUAAGAGAGCCACUAAACAAUCUGGGGUUGCUAGUCAGCGGUCCAGGACUGGUACUCAACGAUCAAUGACAACUACUCAGCUGUUUAAGAUUGGCAUGGCUAAGCAGGAUAUGAAACAAGCUCAUGACACAGGUUUGCACAGUAGCACCUAUGAGUCAGAUGAUCAUGCUAGAAUAGAUGGUCACUGGAGACAAGUAUUGGAACACUUGCUGCAGCUGCCAGAUGCGAGUGAAGGUAGUGGCAUUCAAGGCUGCAUUCGUGAUGCACUCAUUUGUGGUCCUUCUAGGUUCACCAGAAAGUUCAAGAUGACUGAUUUGCCCUGGGACACUAUACAGCCAAAGGACAGACGUAAGGGCCUUAAUGCAGUUAAAAGUCAGUCUCAAAGACUAGAUGGUGCUACCUCAGAUGUAUCAAUAACUGGGGCUUCAAAUAUAAAUGCCAACACUAUAAAGUGCCAAAAUGUUUUCCUUGAUAUUCUACGUUCAGAGAAAUUUGCUUUAUUGUGUGAUUUACUUUGUGUAACCUUGCAAGACAACAAGGGCAAGGGAUUCUUCGACUUUAGCGUGAUAAAUUCAAAGAUGAAAACUUGGGAAUAUGAGAAGUCGCCUGGAUUAUUUGAUCAAGAUAUGCAACAGGUAUGGGAUAAGUUUUCAAAAAUUGGCCGAGAAAUGGUUCUUCUAGCAAGUAGUCUUUCAAACAUAUCGCGGGCAUCCUAUCAGAAGCAGGUUGGACAAGACUUAGUUAAUGGGGCUGGUGAACAUAAACCUGAGGAGACUUAUCCUGUAGGUGUUGAACAAAAGAAUUAUGUGGAAUCAUAUACCACAAUGCGGUUAGCUUCAUGUGAGUCAGACCAUUCCACCAAACCAGAUCAAACUGAGGCCUCUGGUCUGUACAAAGUUUGCACUUGCAAGAAAUGUGGCACUGAAGCGAAUGGCAAGCGGAGCCUCAUCUGUGAUGGAUGUGAAGCAAUGUACCAUUUCUCUUGCAUUGAGCCUGCUAUCAAGGAGAUCCCAACUCGAAGCUGGUACUGUUCUGCAUGUCGUACAAAUAAGAGGGAAUCAUCUGAACCUACCUCUGCCCAUAUCCAUCCAGACAGCUCACACCAGAACUGUGCAGUCUGUCAUCGAUUAGAAUUUUCGGAAACAAAAGAAGAAAAUGAGAGUGGAAGCAGGACCAUGAUGGAUAAUGACUCCAGAGAAAGCUCAGUUUCAGGUAUGGAGUCUGAUGAGUCACCAGAACUGUCAAGGACUGCUAUGUCACAGUUGUGCAAGCUAUGUGGAACUUGUGAGGAUGAAGAUAAGAGAUUCCUAAUAUGUGGUCAUGUUCACUGCCCUUACAAGUUCUACCAUAUCAGAUGCCUGAAAACUGGUCAGAUAGCUAGUGCACAACAACAAAACAAGCCUUGUUGGUACUGCCCAUCUUGCCUUUGUAGAGCUUGUCUCUGUGAUAAAGACGAUGGCAAGAUUGUCUUGUGUGAUGGUUGUGAUGAGGCUUACCACACCUACUGCAUGAAACCACCUCGUACUUCUAUUCCUAAGGGUCAGUGGUACUGUGUUCCAUGCAAUGUGGCGAGGGCGAGGGAAGGGAUGAGAAGGUAUGAACAAUGGAUCCUACAACGUCAUAGGAAGAACGAUGUAAGGCAAGCUAAUGAGGCCAAUAGGUCAAUGGAUUUGCUACUGAGUGCAGCUGAGAAGCUGAGCUCUGAAGAGCAAUUGGUAGCAGGGAAGAAAGAUAAGUAGAUUGCCACACUGGUUGCAGCCUUGUGCUAUACGCCAAAAGAUUUUGAUUUAGUGAUGGCCAAAUUAGGAAUCUUUUCUUAAUAUUCCCUCGAGAUAUAUGGGUCUUUCCUCUUCUGUUUGUAAUUUUAAUUAGAUGUUAGUGUAGAACGAUUUAUCAUGUAAGGGUUCUUCCUAAGGGGAUAUUAUUCCUUGAGUGAAAAUAUUAAUGCUUGACAUGUACAAUGGCGGGAAAUGCUGCAGGAUAAGAAUCAAGAAAGGAAUUGGAAGAAGCUGUAUCUGUAGACAUUUUCCCUUAACAAUGUCUGAUAACAACUAGUGUGGCAUAUA